AUGGCUACAAUAAAAGUAACUGAACAAAAAGUGAUACUAUGCGGAGAGUACGGUGUUGGGAAGACUUCAAUAUUCCGCCGAUACGCAAACAACACAUUUGUCGCUAACAGUGACAGGAAAUCAACUUUAGGACUGGACAAUAUCAACAAACAAUACACCAUAGACGAAAAGACUAUUCGUCUGCAGCUAUGGGAUACUGGGGGCAUGGAAAGAGUGGCCUCGAUCACAUCGAGUUACUACAAAUUUGCAGAGGCUGCGAUUCUUGUCUUCUCAUUAGACAAUCCCACUUCUUUUCAUCUACUGUCACAGCAUCUCCUUGACAUAGUAACUUACGCAGAGAACGCCAAGAUCUUUUUAUGUGGAAAUAAGAGUGAUCUAGAAAGUGUUGCGCCACAGGUCACAGAUGCGGAAAUGGAGCAGUUUUGUGAACAAUGUCAUAAUCUAAUCUCAGCAACGUAUAAAACUUCUUGUAAAACCGGAAAAGGAAUUGAUGAAAUGUUUGAGGAUAUUGCUCAUCAUCUUGUAGAAGCAAACAGGUCGCGUAUGGAAUUACACGAUAUUGACGAGGAGCACUUCAAGAUUACUCACACUGACGAUUCGGCCGAUCCCUCUUGCUUGUGUUAAAUCUGUUUGUUGAAGAGGAUCAUAAAAUUGAGAAUAGCUUCAAGAGAGGAAUAAGAUGAAUGAGGAUGGCGUUUCUCUAGUCAAGGUGGCAAGUAACCAAAUUUUCUUUGAAAGUGUAUUAUACCAAACAUAAAUAACGGUUCGUUUGCUGAAGGAAAAAUACGACGUGGUUUCAUAAAUUUUCAAAAUAAAAAUUUAUUCAUUUAUCUAUCUUUAGUUCUUAUACUACAUGCCAAAUUUGAUUUCAAUAUCUUCAAACUUAAAAGUUGACUAUACAUGUUAUAAAUUAGGUACCUUAUUACAAACAACUCUUCAGGCUUCCUGCAGACCCAACAUUCAGUGCUGCGUCCAUUUUAUAGACGUUAUAUCGAUUCCUUCUUGCACCAUUUCCCAUAAGGGACUGAAAAUUAACAAGUACAUCAAUGUAAGCGCAUUCUUAGAAAUUCUUAUCCUAAAUAUUUGAAAUCGUAAUACCUCAUCUCUCUAAGUCUUUUGACAUGUCGUAUAAUAUUAUCAGCGGUGUAGUCGAUUUCUUCCAUGGUGGUAAACCGUCCAAUUCCAAACCUGUAAGGGAAAAAGGUCGAAUGUUAUGAAUGGUGGUAUCUUAACUGCCUUUAGAAAAAAUAUAAUAGACCUUAUGCUGGAAUGAGCUAGAUCCUCUGCGGCACCAAUAGCCCGUAAAACAUAGCUUGGCUCUAGACUAGCGCUAGUGCAAGCAGAACCGCUGCUCAAUGCUACGUCUUUUAAAGCCAUAAGCAAGGAUUCCCCUUCCACAAAGGCAAAGGAGAGAUUCACACAUCCAGGAUACCACGAGACUGAAUCACCGUUUCGCACUACAUUCGUUAAAUUGCUCAUUAUCUUCUCAAUCAGAUGGUCCGAAAGGCCUUCAAUGUACUUAUGGUCGUACUGCAAAAUAAUUAGGGUACAUAAAUCAUCCGUCAAUGUCUAUCUUCUCUGGAAAAUUUGGAUGUUAUAUAACAUAAAAUUUACCGCCAUUUCCCUUUGUGCCAGUGAACAUGCUGCUCCAAGUCCUACUACUAAAGGUGCUGGUAGAGUGCCGCUUCUCAUCCCUCUCUCCUGACCCCCGCCGCUCUGCAGAGCUUCUACGCGAACUCUUGGCCUGCGUCUUACAUACAGAGCUCCUAUACCUAGAAAUUCAG